AUGGCCGAGGAGUUCCGAAUGUCCAAGUUGGCCCUUGCUCUGGAGCGCAGACGAUGCCGCCGAAACGGGCAGUGCACGCGUCCCACGACACUGCCAGGCGCACGAGGGGUCGGGAUCCUGAUUCGGCAAAAGUUAGAGAGUGUGUACUCAAAUCAUUUUGGAAGAACGCCAGUUUCCACACCAUUUGCAUCACAAGAGUUAGACGAGUCGUGUGAAGUUGAUUAUGAAGUCGACAACGAUGAUAUUGACACAACUGGCGGGAUAUUGGAAGGACGUGUGAGGGAUUAUAUUUUGCAGCAAGAAAUCGUUGAUGAAGAUACAGACAGCGAUGGCAAUGGAGAGGCUGAAUUAGAUGAAAGCGAUAUUGAAGUGGCUGAAUAUUGUGCGCUUACAGAUAUAAAGAAAGUGUGUAAAUAUGGAUACGACCGCGCCACGGCAACAACUAAGAAAGGAAAAAAGAGGCAACGGAUGCGUUAUACAUUUAAAUUUAAUGGGUCCAUUGUUUGCAGGAUAACAUUUCACCUCUGCUAUGACAUAGGAAGAAGUGCCUUACAAGGUCUAAUGGCGCACAUGGCAACAAAUGGGAUCGUUCCAAGGACCCAUGGAAACACUGGAAGACGGCCCAAGCACGCACUAACGUUUGACGAUGUGCAGCGCGUGGUAAAGUUUUUCCUGAACUAUGCAGAACGUGAGGGGUUACCAAUGCCUGCAGCUCCAAGAGGGCGAGACAAUAUUCCACCAACUUAUCUCCCUGCAAGCGAAACGAAACUGAAGACAUUCAAGGAAUAUGAGAAACAGGCUGUAGAGGCUCCCAUUCGAUGUGUGAAGCUGACCGCCUUCAAGACAAUUUGGUCGACAUGUGUACCCCAUAUCAAAAUCGCAUCUCCGCGUGACGACGUCUGUGCUACAUGCGAAAAAAUCAGGAAACGCGUGAUGGACGCUGUCGAGGAAGAUGACAAAAAUGAAGCGGCGGAUGCAUACAGCGCUCAUAUAACGAAGGCACAACAGGAACGGGAGUUGUACAAUGACUGUAUACGUCGCAGUACGGAGACGCGUCACACCGCUGAAUGUGAGCGGUACCACCAUUUCACGUUUGACUUUGCCGAAAGUGUUAGCCUGCCGCAUUACUACAGACAAAUGGGGCCCUUAUUCUUCUUGUCCCUUCGGAAGAUCAGUAUAUUUGGAUUCCGAAUAGAUGGCGACCCACACCAGCUGAAUUUCCUCAUCGACGAGAACGAGGCCAAGGGGAAAGACGGUUCGAAAUCACACGGACCAGAUGCCGUCAUUUCAAUGAUAGACUGGGCCCUUCAAAACUACGGCGGCCAAUCAACGUCUUGCUCCAUCCACGCCGAUAAUUGUACAGGUUUGAAUAAGAAUAAGUAUCUCGUGGGCUACUUCAUGUGGAGAGUCAUGACCGGACAGCACAGUACCAUUGAGUAUCUUAUGCAAAUAAUAGGACAUGCAAAAUGCCUCGUGGAUAGUGGGUUUGGAAAUGCGAAGCGAUUGUACAGGAGAACGGACUGUGAAAGCCUGGAUCAGCUGGAGGACGUUGUGAACAAAUUCUCAUAUUCUAACACAGCGGUUCGUUAUCCAGCAUGGUCUUGGAGAAACUUGAAAGGCUUCCUUGGCGAUCAUUUCAAAGCACUCAAUGGAAUAAGGAAGUACCAGUACUUUCGAUUUUCGUCCACUGAGCCUGUAAGAACGUCGCGAGAUGCAGAGGAGGACACGCAGAACGUUCUAAAGGAUCCUGCCUUCCGGUUCGAGACCCAAGCCCGACCGGAUGUUGUUCAAGCUGCAGGAUUUAGCCAUCCCCGACAAGAAUCAUUAUAUAAAUGCGUCCGACAAUACGUUCGGCCUCCGUACCAGGACAUUUUAUGCCCCGUACCAAACACUUUAUAG